UUAGUUACACAGUAUACACACAUCAUUAUCUGUUUUUCAUUUUCUUCCUUCUCACCUCGCCUCCUCAUUUUUACUCUCUACUACUUCUACACUCUAUCGUAUCAACAACCCCAAAACUGUUACACUCUCAGCUCCAAAACGAUGUCGUACGUACCUCCACACCUCAGAGACUCCUCAAUUACAACCACCAUUGCUCUCCCUUCUUCUUCCCUAACCCUAGCUAAUGAUCACUCUCUCACUCAUUCUCUAUCCACCGCCUCCCGCCACGCCGCCUCCGCCGCUCUCUUCUCGUCUCCGAGAACAUUGUCUCUUCCCGACGUUGUUUCCCCUCCCUGGAACCCCUCCGAACGCGUUCUUCGCUUCACCUCGCAGCAGAUUGAAGAUAUUCGAGCUCGACUUAAUGUCAAAGUUACAGUUGCUCCCGGUUCUUCUAUAGCUCCUGCGCCAAUUGAAUCCUUUGAGGAUAUGUGUUUGAAUGAAAGCAUUAUGAAGGAUAUUGUGUAUCAUGGAUAUACUAGGCCGACUUCAAUUCAGGCUCAGGCAAUGACUGUUGCUCUUAGUGGGAGGGACCUGCUAGGUUGUGCCGAAACUGGUAGUGGAAAGACCGCUGCGUUUACCAUUCCUAUGAUACAGCACUGUUUGGCUCAGCCUCCUGUUCAGCGUGGUGAUGGGCCUUUGGCAUUAGUGCUAGCUCCUACUAGAGAGCUCGCUCAACAAAUUGAAAAGGAGGUAAAAUGUUUUAGCAGAUCUCUUGACUCUUUCAGAAGUGCAAUAGUUGUCGGCGGAACGAACAUUUCUGACCAGAGGUCUGAGCUACGAGGAGGAGUGGAUAUAGUUGUUGCUACUCCUGGAAGAUUAAUUGACCAUUUGCAACAAGGAAACACGUCUCUCUCUAGAAUUUCAUUCAUAGUUCUGGAUGAAGCGGACAGAAUGCUUGACAUGGGAUUUGAACCACAGAUUAGAGAGGUACUGCAUAACCUCCCAAAAAGACAUCAAACUUUGCUCUUCAGUGCCACUAUGCCAGAGGAGAUUGAGACACUAGCGCAGGAUUACUUAACUAACCCUGUGCAAGUCAUGGUUGGAAAAUUGAGUGGCCCAACAUCAAAUGUCCUGCAAAGCUUAGUGAAGGUGACUGAAAGUGAGAAGAUUGAUCGCCUUCUAGAUUUACUUGUAAAGGAUGCAUCUCAGGCAGAAAGAUCUGGCUUGACUGUUGUGUUUGUGGAAAGAAAGGCAAGGUGUGAUGAAGUUACUGAAGCUUUGGUGGCACAAGGUUUACGGGCAGUUGCACUUCAUGGUGGUCGUAGUCAGAAUGAACGGGAGGCUGCUUUGCAUGAUUUUAGGAGUGGUUCAACUAACAUUUUGGUUGCCACUGAUGUUGCUUCUCGUGGAUUAGAUGUUACAGGAGUCACUCAUGUCAUUAACCUGGAUCUUCCAAAGACAAUGGAAGAUUAUAUACACCGUGUUGGAAGGACAGGCCGUGCAGGGUCGGCUGGCCAAGCUACAUCGUUCUACACUGACCGUGAUAUGUUCCUGGUGGCACAAAUAAACAAAGCAAGAGCUGCUAUUGAAUCGGGGGAUAAUUCCGCUUUUGCAACUGGGAAGACUGCAAGAAGGAAAGAACGAGAAGCAGCGACUACACAGAAGGAAACCAGGAAUGGUGUGUCGAAGAUUGUGACACCCGCAUCAAUUAACAUUGAAGAUAAGUAUAGGUUUAUGAUCUCCUCUUCAAGCGUCAAAGGAAUAGGUGCAGCAGAUAGUGCUUGGGAUGAUUGACAACAUCCGUUGCUGGUACCAGUUCGGUGUAAAGAGAAUUCCUUACGGUUAUACUAAUUUACAAAAGGUGCAUGUGUAGGUGUAUAUUUUACGCAUUGAAGAUCACAAAGUUCUUGCGAGUUUAUUCUAAUAUGAUCGCCGAGCUGCAUCUAUGAUUUAGUUACCGGUUUUUUUCUGGACAGUCUGAAUGAUAGGACUCGUAGUACUGGUUUUUGUAGAUUGUGAAUAUUUUGUAUAUCACAAGUGUUCCAGUGGAAACUGUCGUUUUAGCUGCUGUGA